GCUCGAGGGGCUCAACAGGCAACGACUGUCCUCGUCCGUACACAGUACUCUUCUUUAUCAUGUUUUCUUGUCAAUUGCUGUGGGGCAAUUCAUCCAAAGCACUGCAUUGCUCAUCAUAAAAUCUCAUCACAGGGAUGGGUUGAUAUGUCCCGGCCACCGCUCUGGAUAUUGCGGGUGAUAAAACAGCGCAGACUGUCAGUGUUCACAGGCGUCCAUUAAUUACGGCUUGCCUGUUACUCAUCGCACGCGUCCCAAAAUGGGCACCAGGAAUAAGCGCCAGAAAUCCCCAGACGUUGAUGCGCUGGAGGAGGAUGAGAGGCAAUAUGGCCGCAAGCCGCACAGCCUGGAGGAGCUUGACGAACACUUCCCCCACCGCCCACGCAACCACUCCAAGACCUUUCUCUUCUCAGAACUGUAUAAAGCGCUCUUCAACCCGCUGAUCGAAUGCAAGCCCACCACGUCAGGCGCCGCCGCCGUCAGCCGACUUCCCGGCCGCCGGCGCGGGCCUCCGGGCUCCUCAGCGGCGGGGAAGCCGUCGUACCACGAGCAGCGGCGCCACAUCAUCGAGCGCUUCAUGGCGCGCUGGCGCGCCGAGGUCGGCCCGGACUUCUACCCGGCCAUGCGGCUGAUCCUGCCGGACAAGGACCGCGACCGCGGCGUGUACGGGCUCAAGGAGAACACAAUUGGCCGCUUAUUCGUCAAAGUCAUGAAAAUUGACCGCAACUCCGAGGAUGGCUACGCGCUCAUGCACUGGAAGCUCCCCGGGCAGCACGGGCGCUUUGGUGGUGGCGGUGCCGGGGCUGCCGGCGGCGGCAUGAAGGGGGUGGGCACUGCAGGCGACUUUGCGGGGCGGUGCUUUGAGAUUGUGGGCAAGCGGCAGAUGCGGAGCGAGCCCGGGGAUUUUACCAUUGGCGAUGUCAAUGUCAUGCUGGACCGCCUGGCGGGCGCGAGCGGCGAGGCGGAGCAGCUGCCUAUUUUCGAGGAGUUUUACCAGGGCAUGUGCGCGGAGGAAAUUAUGUGGCUGGUGAGGAUUAUCCUGAAGGAUAUGAAGGUUGGGGCUACGGAGAGGACCUUUCUGGGGCUUUGGCAUCCCGAUGCCGAGGCGCUGUUUAGCGUUUCGAGCAGUUUGAGGAGGGUCUGCUGGGAGCUGCAUGACCCUGAGUUUCGGCUCGAGCAGCAGGAGACGGGGGUCACGCUUAUGUCGUGCUUCCAGCCACAGCUGGCGCAGUUUCAGAUGACGGGCACCUUCGCAAAGCUGGUGGCGAAUUUGGGCGUUACCGAGGAGGAGCCCGAGUUCUGGAUCGAGGAGAAGUUGGAUGGAGAGCGGAUGCAGAUGCACAUGCAAGAGGAUGAUACGGUGCCUGGGGGGUAUAGAUUUUGCUUCUGGUCACGAAAGGCGAAGGAUUAUACGUAUCUGUAUGGGAGUGGGCUGGAGGAUGACCAGUCGGCACUGACUAGGCAUCUCAAGAAUGCCUUUGACAGCGGGGUCAGGAACCUGAUUCUCGACGGGGAGAUGAUUACAUGGGAUCCUGAUAUCGACAAGAUCGUGCCGUUUGGCACCCUCAAAACGGCCGCGUUGGACCAGCAGAAGAAUCCCUUCCAGAGCGGCCCUCGGCCGCUGUACAGGGUAUUCGAUAUCCUCCUCCUGAACGACAAAUCCCUAACGGAGUACACGCUGGCCGACCGCCACCGUGCCCUCGAGCGGGCCGUCAAGGGAGAGCAUCGCCGACUGGAAAUACACCCCUACCAGGCGGCCACCUCCGCCGACGAGAUCGAGCCGCUUCUCCGCAAGGUAGUCGCCGAGGCAUCCGAAGGUCUCGUCCUCAAGAAUCCGCGCUCGCGAUACCAGCUGAACAGCCGUAACAACGACUGGAUCAAGGUCAAGCCCGAGUAUAUGUCUGAGUUCGGUGAGUCGCUCGACUGUGUCGUUAUUGGCGGCUACUUCGGGUCAGGCCGACGAGGAGGGACACUCUCAAGCUUUCUCUGCGGCGUGCGCGUCAGCGAGAAUUUUGUCAAGUCCGGCGCUGCCGCCAGCAGGGAAAAGUGCCUCAGCUUUUGCAAGGUCGGAGGCGGCUUCAAGGGAGAUGACUAUGCCGAGAUACGGCACCAUACAGAAGGGAAAUGGAAGGACUGGGACUCUACGAAGCCGCCGUCCGAGUUCAUCGAACUAGGUGGCGGUGAGCGGCAGCAAUACGAGAAGCCCGAUGUGUGGAUUCGGCCGAGCGAGUCGAUAGUCAUAUCCGUCAAGGCGGCGUCCUUUGCGCCAUCAGAGCAGUUCGCCAUGGGCUGGACGCUGCGGUUUCCUCGGUUCCAGAAGCUGCGUCUCGACAAGGCUUGGGACGCGGCUAUGGACAUGGACGACUUCGAAGCCAUCCGCACGAAGGUCAAGCAGGAAGAGAAGGAGCGCAAGGCGAUGGAAAUGGAGAGCCGCAAGCGGAAACCGGCUAAGCGGCAGAAGAAGGAGCUCGUCAUUGCCGGCGCCGAUCCGGGUGCAGCGCCUGCCGAGUUUUUGGACGUCAAGAAGGAGACGGAGCUAUUCCUUGGCCUAGACUUUUGCGUGCUGUCAGAGGCCCUCCAUCCGAAGAAGGUAUCCAAAGCCGAGCUGGAAAAGCUAAUCAAGGAGAAUGGCGGCCGGAUCCACCAAUCGCCGGACACAGGUUCCGGCAUGAUCAUCUUGGCGGAUAAGAACGUCGUCAAAGUGGCCAGCCUGAAGAAGGCAGGCGGCGCCGAUAUUGUGCGUCCCAGGUGGGUGUUUGACUGUCUGGAGCAAAGCGGCGGAGAGGGCUUCCUGCUUCCGUUUGAGCCGGGCCAUCUGUUCCAUGCGACGAAGGAAAUGAUGCGAGUCGUCGAAGAUAAUACGGACCAAUUUGGAGAUAGCUACGCGCGGGAUGUGGGCGUCGAGGAACUGAGGGAGAUCUUGGGCGGGAUGGAUAUGCCUGACGGUGAUGGCAGAGGGUUUGACGUGGACGAAUUCCUCGAGCAACUCGAGGAGCAUGGUCAUGGGCUUGACGAGUUACCAAGCUUCAUGUUCAGGAGGUGUCGGGUACACUUUGCCCUUGGAGAAGGCGUAUCCGAGGGAAAGGCGCUCAAGCUGGGGAACUACGUCCGAUUUGGGAACGGAGAAGUGGCCGGGAGUAUUGAGGACGGCGGAAUUACGCAUAUAGUAGUGGUUGGUGGCAGCGAGGACACGGCUGCAUCUGAAAAGGUUGUGGCGGCCGACGUGAGGCACAAGGUUAGUUCCAGGAGGACAGUGCCGAGGAUCGUCACGGCAAAGUGGAUUGAAGAUUGCUGGGAAGAGGGCACAUUGGUGGACGAAGAGGCAUACGCACCAAGUUAGCGACCAGCCAUGAUUCCUGUAUUACGACUUGCAGAAUGUAUGGAUACCCUUCGCGUCUAGUUCAUGAUGUAUUCCACCGCAUCAAUCUGAUUAUCCAAUCCAAAGAUAUUCCAUUCAU